GGCUACAACCCUGCGCCUGUUUACGAAUUUCUGCUGAAUUUCCCCAAAAACUGAAACCUGAAAAAAUCUGGAAAUUUGUAACUCGUUAAGUUCCGUAAAUUUACGAUGAUUCACAGUUUAUUUAUCGUGAAUAGCAGCGGCGACGUGUUUCUGGAAAAACACUGGCGGUCUGUGGUGUCCCGCACCUGCGUGUCCUAUUUUUUAGAUGUCCACCGAGAGUCGGCUAACGAUGUCCCGCCCGUGCUCUCCACACCCCACCACUAUCUUGUGUCCGUCCAGCGCUCGGGAAUCUCGCUCGUGGCCGCGUGCAAACAUGAAUUCCCACCGCUCUUCGUGAUCGAGUUUCUGCACCGCGUGGUGGACACGUUCGAGGACUACUUUUCCGAGUGCAAUGAAAACGUGAUCAAAGAAAACUACGUCAUCGUUUAUGAGCUACUCGACGAGAUGCUGGACAACGGGUUCCCGCUGGCCACCGAGUGCAAUAUCCUGAAGGAGCUGAUUAAACCACCGAACAUUUUGCGUACGAUCGCCAACUCCGUAACGGGCAAGUCCAAUAUCAGCGGAACAUUACCCUCGGGGCAGCUGUCGGCCAUUCCGUGGAGACGCACGGGAGUCAAGUACACCAACAACGAGGCAUACUUUGAUGUCGUGGAAGAGGUGGAUGCUAUCAUCGACAAAAAUGGACAGACCAUCUGUGCGGAAAUUCAAGGAUAUAUCGACUGCUGCAUCAAGCUGAGUGGAAUGCCGGACCUGUCUCUGUCGUUUAUGAAUCCGCGCCUCUUCGACGACGUUUCAUUCCAUCCGUGUGUUCGCUUCAAGCGUUGGGAAUCGGAGCGCAUUCUUUCCUUUAUCCCACCGGACGGGAACUUUCGCCUCAUGUCCUACCACGUAGGAUCGCAAAACAUUGUCGCCAUUCCGAUCUACGUGCGGCAUAAUCUGGUGCUACGAUCUGGCGAACAGUCUAGAUUAGACAUUACGGUUGGACCAAAAACCACGAUGGGCCGAACUGUAGAAGGCGUUAAAUUAGACAUCUGCAUGCCGAAAGCAGUGACAAACUGUUCGCUGGUGGUGAACCAGGGCAAGUACACGUACGACACGGUCAACAAAGUGCUUCACUGGGACAUCGGAAGGAUUGAUGCCGCGAAACUUCCAAACAUACGUGGAACGGUAUCUGUCGCUUCCACUAACUCUACACUCGAAACCACGAUCGAUAGAGUGCACUUCACCAUCUCCCAGAUGGCAGUUUCGGGACUGAAAGUGAACCGUCUCGAUAUGUACGGCGAAAAAUACAAACCUUUUAAAGGAGUAAAGUACGUGACGAAAGCGGGCAAAUUCCAAAUCCGUAUGUAGGGAAACCGGAAUCGGAUGUAAAAUUAAAGGCAUAUUAUCUCAUAAUAAAAUUGUAUUCUCAAUACCAACCUUU